AUGCGUGUGCUUGAGACGGAAAUUCCGCGACCCGAGAUGCCUGGAGAAACCCUCGCCCUGCCACCACAACCUAAAUUACCGGGUUUUGUCACUACAACAAAACCGGAUUUGGACAAUUUUGUGAACAGAAACAUGCCUUUCUGGACGACACAGGAUACUCGCAAUGCCAUCUUGGCAACAUUGAUUCCCGGUGGAGCGGCGGCGAUCGGCCUUACUUCGUUUAUGCGUGAUGCCGAGACGAUGAAGUGGUGGGAGGUGAUCAGAAAACCAUCUUGGGCACCAAAGGAUGUGCGAUUUUACGCGACGAUGGACCUUUUGACAAUGUCUCCUCUUGGAUACGCUUCUUAUCUCGUCUAUAAAAAUGGUGGAGGCUUUGACUACAAUGAUACUCGCCUCGCUUUGGGACUUUACGGUGCAAAUUUGGUGAUCGCUUUGGCUACAAUUCCCUACAUCAAGAAGCGCAGACUCACCUGCAUAGCCAACAACACGGUGCUCAUCCAUAUCACAGCCGCCGCAGCCGUCUACACUUUUUACAAAAUUGAUCGCCGUGCCGGUUUGUUGAUGGUUCCGUACUCGUUGUGGACCGGCUUCUACGCGCUUCUCACCUGGGCCAUCAAGAAGGAGAACGAUCCGGUGAAGAACAUC